AUGAACAAAUCUGGAGUCCUCGUACGACCUUGGUCUUAUAAAGUACAUGAUUAUAUAAAUGUUCCCAUAGUAGGAAUUUUAGCCUCACUUUGCGUGGCUGGACUUUUAGAUUUGGUGAAUACUUAUGUGGUGACGAAGAUUUUUGUCAUAUAUAUAAUUUUAGAUACAAUUUGGAUCCUCAUAUUUCCAGAUUCCAUACCAAGUAUGGCAAGUUUCAUAGUUUUGCACCAUGUAUUGACCUUUUGCAUCCUGUUACAUCCACUUAGAUAUCCUGAGCACUCUAUAGAGACAUGCAGAGAUGGAAUUGUAGAGUUGAAUACAUUCUUUCUAAUUCUGAGAAGGCAACUGAGGAGGGGGUCAUUUGCCAAUAUCCUCUGUAAUUCUUGCUACAAUCUUACCCUUGGUAUUAGAUAUGUAUGGCAGCCAUACUUGAUCUAUCAUUUCUUUAUAAUCACAAACAUCCGAGAGGGAUACCCCUUCUCUGAGUUUUUCUGUGUUAUGGUUUCUCAAAUUGCACUCUGUACUUUCAAUGUGUGCUUGAUAUUACUUCCUAAGAAGUCGAAAACUAUAUCUGACUAG